GGUUGUUGUGGACUAACCGGCCAGUCUGGCCUCUCAAAAAAAGGGGAACCCUGUAUUAGACUAAUUAAGCUUAGCGCCGCAGAUCAAAUCGUUUAAGAUGAGAAGACUUCAGUUAAAAGAAGAAGAAGAAGAAGAAUAAAACGCUUCCGCUUGAUGGAGCCAGGCACGGACCGGACCGACAUCAGAAGGUUUCCCCAUCCAAAAUCCAAAUUCCUUUAUCCACCCUCGGCGUCGACAGUUUCUUUCACUUCACCGGGCGCAAAUGGCCGCCCUCCUCUCCCUCUCUACACGGCCCACUCCCACUCCCCGACUCCUCCGCCUGCCCGCUUCUCCCUUUAAGGGCAACGUGAGGAGUCUCAGACUUACCACCACUUCUCCAUUCCCAUCCCUAUCAGUACCCAGGUCUCGCCUCGUCGGAAGGCAAGCAGAGAAGGCAUCCUCCUCGAUGCCUGCAGUUGUAUGCCUAGCGGCUGCUCUUGCUCCAACCGAGCGUUUCCGGCUCAACAACCUGGCCCCCCAGCCCGGCUCGAGGAAGAGGAACAAGCGGAAGGGGCGGGGAAUCGCGGCCGGCCAGGGCAACAGCUGUGGGUUUGGUAUGAGGGGCCAGAAGUCGACGUCCGGGCCCGGCGUCCGUAAGGGCUUCGAGUGUGGACGGAUGCCCCUCUACCGUCGAAUCCCCAAUCUCCGUGGAAUUGCUGGACGCAUGCAUGCAGGGCUACCGAAGUUUGUUCCUGUCAACUUAAAAGACAUUGAGGCUGCUGGAUUCCAAGAAGGUGAUGAAAUAUCAUUGGAAUCUUUGAAACCAAAGGGUUUGAUUAACCCAUCUGGCAGAGACAGAAGACUACCACUAAAGCUGGCUAUGGAGCAGGAUUUUAAGUUGAGAAGGCUUCAGUAAAGGAUUGAACAAAGUUUUACGGUUACCUGUCUACUUGAUGUCAACAUCUAAUAGAUGGUACUAAAUUCCUUAAUAGGAAAGCUUUGGGUAUUGGUGGGUAUUGUGUUGGGAGACUGACAUUAUUCUUGCAGUCCAAAUUCCUACAGUCAACCCUCCAAACUUAUGUAGACUUUGGAAGAGUCUACAUGAAGAGAGAAGAUGACAGUUCGUUAUAGUGUUUAUGUUAUUCGAGGAUUAGGUCCCUGUUGCUAAUAACUAUAUCUAACAGUGGUCUGUCAAUUUAUUGAGGAAAAUCUGACUCGAGACAUGCAGAAAACCGCAAGCUUGAAACAACUGAAGAGUUGGCAAUUUUAUUUGCAAGAUGUAACCUUAUUAUCUGGUCUUUUAAAAGCAGCCAGUUAUGCUAUCUGUUAUUUGCUUCGCUUGAACUGAGGUUUCCUCCUACUAUUGCUAGAGCCAAACCAUUUUCAUGUGUUCAGGGUGCACUUCUAUAUCGGUAUGAAUAGUUUGACAUUUAAAAAUUCUGGCAUAAAUACAGCAUUUCAGUUAGAUUUUUAUGCUCAUCCAAACUUUUAACUGCUGCUACAUUUUGGGAGAUGGGGAUUUGUCUGUUAAGUUGAACACAAAGGCACGGGCAUUUUCAGCAGCAGCAAAAGAGAAGCUUGAGGCUGCUGGCUGCACUCUCACUAUAUUGUCUGGUCGGAAGAAGUGGGUAAUGCCAUCAGUUGCAAAGAAUCUUGCUCGAGCAGAGGAAUAUUUUGCCAAGAAAAGGGCAGCAGCAGCAACUGGUGGUGGUGGUGCUGAAUCAGUCAUCAUGUGAGUUACGUCGCCUGUUAUAUUCUCCCAAGUUCUUGUACCAAAAAAUGCCUUCUGAUUAGAAAUUCUUUUAAAAUGUUUUGUCAUUUCCUUUUUGUUUGUGCUAUCGUAUUUGGUUCAAAUUUAGUGAUACUUGAUCUGGUGAGGCUUACA